AUGGACAUCCGUAAAACCGUGCCUCAAGUCUUCCAAUUUGAGCUGACUUUUGUUGGUGAGCGAACGGUGAAUGUGCAAGGACAGCCAAAUGUUAAGAAGCAACAAUUUGAGCGUGGGCCACGUAACGAUGAGUCAAAAGAAACCCGUCGUCGUCUGAUUUGGGGUCUUUUCCAGCAAUUGUUGGAUCAGAACAGAGAUGUUUUUGGGGACAACAAGAAGACGUUCACAUACGACUGCGCGACGUUGCUGUAUUCGAUAAGUGAUUUGGGAAUGAAGCCGGGUGCUAAACGUGAAUUUGUUCUCAACGUUGAUAGGAAUGCUCUCGAGGAUCGUGCAAAAGCGUAUAUUCGCAACACAGAACGUAUUGUGGCUUAUUUGCUUCGAACUGAAACAGUUAACCUCAAAAACGCCGUUCAGUCCUACCUUCAAGGUGAUCGCUCUGUUGUUCAAUUCCUGGAGUUGCUGUCUUCGCAAAGAAUGUUUGAGAAGGGUCAACACUACUCGUUCGGCAACCGAUUGUAUGAUCAAGAGAGUGCUGUGCAGUUGCAAGGCGUCCCACAAAUUUUGAAGAGUGGAAUGCAAAAGAAUGUUCGUUUUGUAGGCGAAACAUUGCAGAAUGCUAUGCCUAUUUUGCAGAUUGAUCCAAAGAAAUCUGCAUUCUUCCCUGGAGUGGAUUUGUUGAAUUUUGUUUGCGAUUUUCUUGGUGUGAACCACCCUGAUGUUAUUAUGCAAAAUAUGGGCAGAUAUUUUGAUCAGAUGAAUAAGCAAAUUAAAGGACUCGUUCUUCAAACGACUCACUUACCGGAAAAUCAAGUCACAUUCGCCAAUUCUGGUUUAACCAACCGACCGGCAAAUGAAAUCACGUUUCAACGCGAAGGGCAGACAAUAAGCGUUGUUCAACACUUUCAACAGACGUAUCACUUGAAUUUACGUUUUGGGAGACUUCCUUGUGUCAUUCAAAAGGCUGGUCCAAAAGAGUCUUUUUAUCCAAUGGAGUUGGUUAAAAUUGUACAAGGUCAACGAGUUCCAAUUGAUAAGCAAACGCCCAAGUUGACUGAGCAAAUGAUCAGGCAAUGCCAAGUUCUGCCGGCUGCAAUGCAGGAGCAAAUCACCAUUCAACGCGACCAAGGAAUGCUUCAAAAUAUGAAUUCUUAUUUUACGGCGCACAAUGUCCGCAUUGAUCCGCAGUUGUGCAAAACGGAAGCUUCGAUGCUCUUCCCUCCUGCCAUUCAAUACAAUCCAGAUCGUGUUGAGCCUAGCCAGAAUGGAGCCCUUGAUUGGAAAUUGAUUGGAGGUGGCGCCCAGAAUCGUCGUUUCACAAACCCUGUUGAAUGGCCAAAGCUUUGGGCUGUUGUUAUUCUUCAAAAUUGUGUUCAGAUGGAUCAAUGCCAACGCUUCUGUGAGCAGCUUGUUCAAACAGCCCAACGUCGAGGUAUUGGAAACGCAAUGUUGCCACAACGUGUGGAUCAUUAUGCGGAGACGAGCAUUGAUUAUGUCAGUGAGAAAUUCCAAUUCUAUGCCACUCAUCGUUGCAUGUUUGUGUUGUUUUUUGCUGAUGGAAAGGAAAGGGCACAUGCUGGUGAUUUCCACCAUGUAAUGAAAUAUUGUGAACAGAAGUAUGACAUUCUCACUCAACAUGUCGGACCAAAAAUGAUGUCAAAAGGAGUUGGAGGUGGUGGCGGUGGAGCAAUGAUUUUUGAGAACAUUUUGAUGAAGACCAACCUGAAAAUGGGAGGUUCCAACUUUAAUAUUGUUACGCCUGAUGUUUUCAAGAGAGCAAUAAGGAACAAUCAGGAUGUUUUUAGUGAGAUUUGGAUGGGCGGCCGACGAAUGUUCUUUGGUAUUGGAAUGUCCCAUGCUCCACCGCAAACUUUAUUUGAGCGUCAAACGGGAAAAGCCCCUGCAAUUCCAACAGUUGUCGGAAUGGCCUAUACUACUAGCCGUGAAAUGCUUAAACUUCGAGGAACUUAUUGGUUCCAGCAAGCUAGAACUACCAUCAUGAAGGAAGAGCAAAUGCGUCCUCUUGUAGAUGCAGUCAAAAAUGCUUUGUAUAUUUAUGAAACGGAAAAUGGUGAUCAAUUCCCUGAACAUUUGAUUGUUUUUCGAGGGGGCGCUUCUGAAGGAGAAUUCAAAAAGGUCUCUCGUUGGGAAGGCGGUGCAAUUGAAUUGGCAUGCAAGGAAAUUUCGCAUGAACGCAAGGGAAAAUUUAACAUCCCUGCCAUCACUAUUGUUGUAUGUCAGCGCCAGUCCAACUAUCGAAUCGUUCCUGAACGCAUCAACAGCCGAGGAAGGGCCCCUGAACAAAACUGCCAGCCUGGAACUGUUGUGGAUAAGGGAGUAAUGAAUGCUGCGUUGACAGAAUUUUUGUUGAUUCCUCACAAGGCUCUACAAGGAACUGCCCAGCCGUUGCGCUGUACUGUCGUACACGAGUUUCGACCACCUCAGGGACCGUCCGCUAGAAUGCCACAAAUGAAGCUUGAAGAAAUCGAGUACAUCACUUAUGCUUUGGCUUAUUCCCACGGUAUUUGUGCUAUGUCUACAGCCGUUCCCGGAGUUCUCUAUUCUGCUGACGAGUUGGCAAAGCGAGGCAGAAACAAUUGGAAAAUGCACACCUCUGAUGGGUCCAACGCACAAGUUUUCGAACUUCCUCCACCAGGACAAGGUCAAGAAGAGGCCAUUCAAGCAUUGGACAACCAACGAACUAGCUAUUUUGCAGAAGUCACCGAUCAGCUCAACCCAAAAAUUCCAACGAAAUUUUGGGCUUAA